UGACCCUUUGUUUGCCCGACCCCUUGGUUGGGAACCACUGGACAAAACUAACUAACUGUAUAUAAAGUAAAACUAUAUCCACCACAAACAGCUGCAACAGCAAAACGAUACUAAUGAUAGUUACAUACUGCAUGUAUUUUAACGUAGUUCUACUCAGUUUGAGUAAAUGUAUUUAUUUUCAUUCCACAGCUGCUUUACUACGUAAAUAAUAAUAUGUAACUGCGUCACCACCUUUUUUACUGACGCACGGCUUCAAUGUCAUUGACUAUAACACCGUGUGUGUUUGUCAGCCAACUUCCUUCCUCCCGCAGUUUAAUCAGACCACUGCUCUGUCUGCUGACACGACAAAAUGAAGAUCGCAGCUUUCAAUGUCAACAAAAUGGGAUGGAAAAAAGUCAACAAGUACUUUGUGCGAAGAAAGCUUAUCAAGAUUGUGUCACGGUACAGCGUGGUGGUGUUGCUGGAGGUCAUGGAUAAACAUUUAUAUGCCCUGAAUAAGUUCCUCAGAGAACUCAACAAAAAGAACAAAGGUAAUCCAUUCUGCAUGCUGUGCAGUGAAUCUCUGGGACGAACAUCCCACAAGGAGAGGUUUGCCUACUUCUACAGAGAGCAUGAGGUCAGGAUUAUCGACUCCUACCAGUAUGAAGAUUAUGAAGAUGUCUUCGCCAGAAAUCCGUUUAUUCUGUGGUUCAACUGUCCAAAAACAGUUGUGCAGGACUUGGUGCUAAUCCCAGUCCACACCCAACCAGAGAAUACGCCGAGAGAGCUGGACGCUCUGGAUGAUGUGGUCGAAGCUGUGAGGCAAAAAUACACUAAUAACAUUAUGAUUUUGGGGGAUUUUAAUGCAGAUAAGCCUUACCUCUCCAAGAGGAAGAAGAAAAAGUUACGCAUCUGCCACUCUCCGUACCAUUGGCUGAUAAAAGAUGGUGUCAAAACCACAACCAGUGAAAAAACUGACCACACCUAUGACAGGAUUGUGGUGUUUGGUGAUCACAUGUAUGAUGCGGUUGUGCCCAACUCAGCCCAGCCUUUCAACUUCCAGGAAGCCUAUGGCCUUUCUAGUCAUAGAACUCAAGCCAUCAGUGACCAUUACCCUGUGGAGGUGGAGCUGAAGGAGGAGGUGAAAGAGGAUCAAGAAGAGGAAGAGCUGGAGGAG